UUUUAAGCAGGAUGGAGAUAUGAUCAGAUUUGAGUUUCAAAAGGUCACUCACAAAAAAAAAAAGAUCACUAACUGCAGUGUGUAAAAUGCAUCGGAUGAAAUUUUCUCAUCUGAAACAUAAGGAUGGAGAUACGUGCCGUGUGUAUCGGACAGUUCACAAUGAUAAACAAGUUACACACAUUGCAUAGAAGUGUUUUACAAAAUAUAAAUUGUAUAGAAAACUACAUAGUAAUGUUUUACAAGAAGCAACACAGUCAGAAGUUCAUAUACGUAGUUUUGAGUUCGCUCUAUGAACAAUGGCAGCCUGAACGCAUGAAGGAGAUCAUUUUGUUUAUGUUAACAGGCUUCCUUCACCAGGGAAACUACUCCUUAGGGUGCUCACGAAAGAAGAGGAGCUUCUCUCACUCUCAUUCCGUCUCUCUGCCCUUCCUUCUCCGAAGCACAUCUGGGUGCUGCCUGGAGCCCAGGUCUGGCUCCAAACCUAUGCAUAUUUGCCAAGUAUAAAAGCUUCUCAAGAAUGAGAUGGAUCCUGGGGCGUCAAGAGUAAAGGGCUUGGUAUAUGUGGCUGGAUCCUGUUUUCGUUUUCUUUCCUGUUGAUGAUCAUUACUUUCCCUAUCUCCAUAUGGAUGUGCUUGAAGAUCAUUAAGGAGUACGAACGUGCUGUUGUAUUCCGACUGGGACGCAUCCAAGCUGACAAAGCCAAAGGGCCAGGUUUGAUCCUGGUCCUGCCUUGCAUAGACGUGUUUGUCAAAGUUGAUCUCCGGACCGUUACGUGCAACAUCCCUCCACAGGAGAUCCUCACCAGAGACUCUGUGACCACUCAAGUGGAUGGAGUGGUCUAUUACAGAAUCUAUAGUGCCGUCUCGGCAGUGGCUAACGUCAACGAUGUCCACCAAGCCACAUUUCUGCUGGCUCAGACCACUCUGAGAAAUGUCUUAGGGACACAGACCUUGUCCCAAAUCCUAGCUGGCCGGGAAGAGAUUGCCCAUAGCAUCCAGACUUUACUUGAUGAUGCCACCAAGCUGUGGGGGAUCCAGGUGGCCCAAGUGGAGAUCAAAGACGUCCGGAUUCCCGGGCAGUUGCAGAGGUCCAUGGCUGCUGAGGCCGAGGCCACCCGGGAGGCCAGGGCCAGGAUCCUUGCAGCAGAAGGAGAAAUGAAUGCUUCUGAAGCCCUGAAGUCAGCCUCCAAGGUGCUGGCUGAGUCCCCCAUCGCCCUCCAGCUGCGUUACCUGCAGACCUUAACCACCGUGGCCACAGAGAAGAAUUCCACCAUUGUGUUUCCUCUGCCCAUGAACGUACUAGAUGGCAUGGGCGGCAUCAGCUACAGUAACCACAAGAACGUCCCUAACAGAACCUGAGAUCCCCCUGCUGCAGCCAUUGCUUAGGGAGGCACAUCUGUUCCUGUGGAGACCAGCAGUGAGAAGCGUUGAGAAUUUCAACACUAUUUAAGCAGAGUAACUCUACAGCUGGAACAGCGUUAGCAGGGAGAUGCUAUAGAGGCUA